AUGGCUUUGACUCAUAUUUCUCAUCAGAAUGCCAGUGUCGGUAUGCGGGUUCAAGAUUACUGGGGCAGAACUGGAACUAUUCGUUGGAUUGGCAAGAUUGAAAAAAAGAGUCAGUCUCCGACCAACCAAACGGGCUGGCAUUACGGCAUCGAAUAUGAUGAAGAGAGCAAAAACCCCUUGCGUAGUAAUGGUACGUGGAACGAUAAGCAGUAUUUUACAUGUCCACCACGCAACGGUAUGCUUGGAGUUGAACGUGAUUUUUAUCCCGAAGUAAACGGGAAAUAUGUGAAGUUGCUCCGCGAGAAGUUUGGGGAUCAGGUGGCAACUUGGCAUGAUUUCGAGUUGGUUAAAUUUUGCAUUGCUCGCAACUACGACAUGACAAAGGUUAUUGAGAUGCUGAAGAAACACUUGAAGUGGCGCGAAGAAUUUAAACCCUCUUGUGAUGAGUAUUUUCCUCCUAGUAUGGCAGAGGAUUAUUCAUGUGGCUAUACCGGAACUGCUGAUUAUGAUGAAAACCUUAUCUUUUGCGAGAAGCCUAUGAAUAACAAAAGCUGCCCUGCACCGGUGUUUGUUGAAAAAUACACCUUACCGGUCAUUUGCCGUUGGCACAUAGCUGGGAUUGAGAUGGGUUUGCAAUAUUUGAGGGAGUCAAAUUACCACUACAAGCGGAUGUGCUACAUUGUUGAUUUGCAGAACUUAACCACCUUUUCGAGGGCAAUGGUAACAUUUGCGCAAAAGUUGAGUUCUAUUGAACAGGACAACUACCCAGAAAUGGCGGGCCGUGUGAUAAUGGUUAAUUGCCCUACAUUCUUCCGCGUUUGUUGGAAGUUAUUCCAGCUUUUUAUUAAUGAACGCACAAACCAAAAGAUUCGGUUUGUUCCACCAGGCAAAGGCCUUGAGGUGUUAUCACAGAUGAUGGCGGUCGAGGAUAUUCCCGACUUUUGCGGUGGCCCUAGUAGAAAGUGGAUAGAAACUAAUGGCGGUCGGCUCGGCUCUAGCGACCCCACAAAGGUAUACAAAAUUGGUUCUUGUAAUGUAUCGGACCCCGGAUCUCUCCAGGUAAAGAGACUUGAGAACUCUCCUAAUAUGAAAGAUGAGGACAGGCGAUCAAUAUAA